GAGACACCAGACUCAGAAGACUCAGAAGUCAGAACACCGGGACUCCCGGGACUUGUGUGGUUGUGUCGCUUCUCGCUUGUGUCGCUUGUGUAUCCUCACCUAAUUGACCGCCCCAUCAGCGCUCCUCUUGGCAUAUUUCGUGAUAAAAAGCAAACCGAUAAUUAAAUAAUGGGAUCAGUAUCUGCAAAGGCUUUGGAAGUAGAAAGUGAUUAUAAACAUGAUCCUCUGGAAGGAUUCCCCAAUGGUCGUAAACCCCGAGAAAUUAAAACUACUUUGGAAGAAAUGGAAUCAGCAAAAAUCCCAUUGGAUAAAAGAGAUUACUGUGUUGACUACCUUAUGAAGUUUUUGGAAUGUAGAAACGAGAAAUAUCCGUGGGUUUACAAGUGCCAUCAUGAAAAGCAUGAAUAUCUUCACUGCCAAUAUGAGGACUAUUUAAUUCGAAUGAAAGAUUAUGAAAGAAAUCGUCGCUUGGAUGAAAGAGCUGCUAAAAGUGGGCAGCAUUAAAGUAAAGAUGAAAAAUCAUUGAUGAAGAAGAAGAAAUAGUUUUCAAAAAUAUCAAUUAUUUGCAAUUUUUUUUUGUACAAGGUAAACUUAGUGUGUAAAUAAAACAAAAAAAACUUA